AUGAUGGAGAGUAAAGAAUCCCCAGCCGAAGGGCAUCCUCCUGCAACGAAACCGCCCUUCAUAGACGACAAAGGCUACAUCGCGUUUGCACCAAAUGAUGCUGCCAACCCGAAAAAUUGGCCCAGAGCCAGACGAUGGUGGCUAACGUUUGCGACCAUAUCGCUGGCUGUUAAUUCCACCUUCGCAUCGUCUGCCCCGUCUGGUACCUUGCGCGGAGUCUCUCUCCAGUUCGGCGUUUCGCUCCAAGUAGCCGGAUUGUCCAUGACGCUGUUCCUGCUUGGUUACUGCGCCGGUCCGUUAGUAUUUGCACCUCUUAGCGAAUUUUACGGCCGCCAAAGAGUCUUCUUUGUUACCGUACCGCUCUAUGUUGCGUUCGGAUUCCUUUGCGCAUUCUCACCAAACCUUGCUGGAGUUCUCGUCGGCCGUUUUCUCACGGGUACAUUUGCCAGCGUCCCAUUGUCAAAUGUGCCUGGUGUCCUGGCUGAUAUUUGGGAUUACGAUACUCGUGGAAAAGCAAUGGCCAUCUUCUCGAUUCUGAUCCAAGUAGGACCAGCUCUGGGCCCCGUAGUAUCUGGAUUUCUCGAGCUCACGAUGGGAUGGCGGUGGACGUACUAUGUACUCAUCAUGUUCGGGGCGGUCACAGCAAUUCCCCUCCUCACAGUGCCUGAGACCUAUGCGCCAAUUAUUUUACAGCGUCGAGCAAGGGAAGUGAGAAAAUCCAAGCUGUCCGGGUAUGAAUCUGUCCGGGCACCCAUCGAGGAGGACACCAAAACGGUUUUUGGUGUUUUGAAACUUGCCAGUUCUCGCCCAUGGCGCAUCCUUUUCGACCCUAUUUCUUUCGUUGCGGCAAUCUAUCUCACCUUUUUAUACACGCUGGUCUAUAUGCUGUUUAGUAUAUAUCCCAUAAUCUACCAGCAACACCGCGGAUGGAACGCUGGAAUAGGCCAGUUGCCUGUACUGACUUCUGCCAUCGGUGGGAUCCUUGGGGGUUUUGUAACCUUCUUCCACGGGGAGUACAGCAAGAAGAAGCUAGGUUUGCAAAAGUCGCCAGAAGAUCGCCUUGUUCUAGCUAAAGCGGGUGGGGUUUGCUUCCCCUUGUUCAUGUUCUUUUUUGCUUGGACUGGAAAUUACGAUUGGAUGCCAUGGGUGGUUCCGUUGAUUGGAGGCGCUGGCGUGUCGGCAUGCAUAAUGAUCGUUUUCACGGCCUUCACCAAUUAUCUUGUCGAUACGUACACAAUACAUGCUGCCAGUGCCAUCGCUAUCAACACUGUCUGCCGCUCAGCUGGUGCUGCUUCCGCCCCGUUGUGGACGAACUAUAUGUUCGACGCGCUUGGCAUUGGUCCUGGAGGCUCUGUGAUAGCUGGCGUCCCAGUACUUCUGGCUGUUUUCCCUUUUGUAUUUUACAAAUACGGAAAGCAGAUACGGAGUGCUUCCAAGUUUGCAUCCUCUUAA